AAUGAAUGGGAAAUUAGGCAAUUCUCUUUUACUCUGGCAAAAUCAUCCCUGUGUUGUCAUUGGUCGUCAUCAAAACCCAUGGCUAGAAUGCGAUAUAAGUUAUUUAGAAAGAAAUAAAAUUCCAAUUGCCCGACGGAAAAGUGGAGGUGGUGCUGUAUAUCAUGACUUGGGAAACCUCAAUUGUACCUUUUAUACAUCUAGGAAAGAGUAUGAUCGACCAAAGAACUUAAAACUUAUUUGCUCCGCAGUUCAAGAUAUGUGGCCCGAUUUAGAUAUUUAUCCAACUGAUAGAGAUGACAUUGAAAUGUUUGGAUACAAGGUUUCUGGCACGGCCUCUAAAUUAGACAGAGAGCACGCUUAUCAUCACCUAACUUUACUGGUUAACGCAGAUUUACUUAAUAUGAGCAUGGCUCUUAAAAAUAAAAUAAAUAUAGAGUCGAAAUCUACCAAAAGUAUUCGUAGUCAAGUAACUAACUUAACAUGUUCAAUGGCACCUAGUUUGAACAUGGAGUCAAUCAUAGAUUGUAUAUCAAGAAAAGUCUCUCCUCAGUCUAAAGUAGAAAUAAUCGAUCCAAACGAAGUUGAAGGUGUAAAAUACGAAAGAGAGAAAAUAAAAAGUUGGAAUUGGAUUUAUGGUUUUUCUCCCGCUUUUACUAUUGUUAAAGACUUUAACACAUCACUUGGACUCCAUCAUCUAACGAUAAAAGUCGUUAAAGGAAAAAUUUCUGAUUUCAAGCUACUGCACAAAGAAAUUAAUUAUCCGUUCCUUAACGAAAUAUUAAUCGGUAGUGAUUUUCGUCCAGACGUAAUAGAACAGACAUUAGAAAAAUUUAUAGGACAUGAACUAUGUGAAUUAAUCAUAGGGUAUAUAACGGGGAGUUAUGAUGAUUUAUAA